CACUAACUUCGUCUUUCAUAGUCUGUUUUGGUUUUUUAUUCUAUUCUUGUAGAUACUUACUAUGUCUAAAAAGGAUUUUCUGAUGCGGAAAUUUAUGAUUUACACCUGACCCCUUGUUUCUUCAUGAAAGGAGAGGAUGGUUCUCAAGAUAAAGUUACAAUUUAAUAGAACGCCGAUUUUUGGUCAUUAUGUUGCAUAGAACAACAUUUGAAAUAUUGAGUAAGGCUGCUGGUGUAUUAGACCAACAAUUUAUGUUUUGGAAAACUUUGUAUUAUAUCUUAUCAAAUGGGCCAUUGUCUUAGUUGUUUUAAUAAUCAAGCAAAUGCUGAUGUGGACACAUCACAAAGACCAAAAGAUGAGAUGACAGAAAUUGUCACUAGUAAUCAAGUUCCCACUGUCAUGAUAUCAGAUUAUCCUCAAGAGGAACCGUUACUGCAUAACAAUGAUAACAGUAUAAACUGUUACAGAAAUAGCAGCCACAUAACAAAUGCGAAUGCAUUAAAUUCCUUAGACGAGUAUUGCUGUAAUGAUACAGUUCAUAAAAUGCAUGUAAAUAAUGAUAAAACCCCUAAAUCUUUUUACCAGAAAUUGCCCUCUAUACCUCGUAGCAUGUCUUCUAUUGGUUCAGGUGAAUCUCGGAUAUCUGAAUCAAAAAUUAAUCAAUUAUUUGACCAAUACAAAGAUUCUUUAGAAGAUGCUAUACUUGCAGAGGGCAUUGAAAAUUUGUGCAAUGAUCUGCAAUUAAAUCCAGAUGAUUUUAAAGUGUUAGUACUUGCAUGGAAAUUAAAUGCUAGUCAAAUGUGCAGAUUUACCAAAAUGGAAUUUGUUCAAGGGUUAAAAAGUAUGAAAUCAGAUUCAAUAAAGGGCAUACAGCAAAAACUAAAUGACAUAAUAAAUGAAUUAAAAAGAGAUUCAGAACAGUUCAAAGAUUUGUACAGAUUUACUUUUAAGUUUGGUUUAGAUGUUACAUCUGGCCAAAGGAUACUGCCAGCAGACAUAGCUGUGCUAUUAUGGCGCCUAGUCUUCACAAUUGACGAACCUCCUAUAUUAGAUAGAUGGCUUAGUUAUCUAGAAAAAAAUACUCACAUCAGAGGGAUUCCCAAGGACACUUGGUAUAUGUUUCUCAACUUUUGUGAGUAUGUUGGUGAUGAUCUAAGCAGUUAUGAUGACACGGAAGCAUGGCCAAGUUUGUUUGAUGACUUUGUGGAAUUUGAAAAUGAUCAAGUGAAUCAAAAUGUAACUAAGAAUAUCACCAAAAUUCAGGAUUAACCUCCUAUGUUUGCCAAAUUAUAGCUACUAUAGGUACUUAAAUAUUGAGACUGAUAAUCUGAUAAUGAUUGCAUAGUGAUGGUCAUGUCCUACCUAGGAAUUAAACGUUAAAUAAUUGAUGGAGAAGCGACACAUAUAUUGCUGAUGAGUGGAAUGUAAAUAUUAGUACUAUAUAUUAUAAGUAUUUUGAGACUAAAAAACCCAUUAACCCUUUAACCGCCCGACUUCAUAUCUGUUGGCGUGCCCCCAGCGUCCGGCACAGUGAAUCGAAACACACAAUACAAUUUUCUAAAAAUAAUGUUAGUAAUUCUUCUAACUUUGGACAUUAUUUUUAAGACUUCUAAUUAAGAGGCUAAAGUGUAUUAAACUGUAAACGAUUACUUAGUUAACUAUUUACCUAAUGUAGACAUAUUUUUGAUAGAAUACAGCGUAAUUAAAUAAAAAAGCUGAUAAAACGAUCAGUGUUAUUUUGGUCGUAAAUAUACGACUCAAGCGAAAUGGGCCCGAAAAUAUUUGUCGGAUUAAUUCGACCUAGGCGGUUAAAGGGUUAAAUUUUAAUCUUAUAAAUAAUUGACAUUCCAGAAAUGGAAUUAGCCAAAAUUUGUAAAUAUUUCAUUCUGUAGCCUCAAUUGCUUAGAUUAAAACCAGAAUAGUUAAAUAUAAGGAAUAAUAAUAUUAUUCCUCUUUAAUACUAAACAGCCUAAUUGAAUACCACUUAAUAAGCUUCACACAGCAAAAUAAUAAAGAAAUCUUUAUUUUUUCUAAUCAUUCUAGUUAAAUUAAUUGUUGUAUAUAUUACAUUAAACAAAUUUUCCAUUAUAUUUUCCUGCAAUAUAAGUAAUAUUUUUAUUAAUUAAUGGCAUUGCUGAUAAAAAAUCAUCAAAUAUCUGUCUAAUGUCGUAAUGGAUGUGGAUGCAAGACUGCUAUUGUAAAUAUUGGUGACCAAUGAUGAGUUCAACAAAAGGAAGAAUGCAAUUGACUCAUAUACAAUCUAUGUAUUAACUAUGCUAAUGCAAUAAAUACAAAACAUUUUUCUUACUAAAAU